GUGUGAGUGUGUAUUCAGUGGUGACCGCUCGUGAGAGUGCAAGUGUUUCGUGUGAUAAAGUGAGAGUGGUUUAGCGUGGUGCGUGGAUACGUCGCGUGCAGGCUACAGACACACUAUAGUAAAAUAAGAGUCAGUUUUUUUUUUUAAAUUUCUAUUACCGGUAAAGUGCGUCAACUUUUUGAUUUCAAACAUGAAGAUCUCUUUAUGUCUGAUGGCGGUAUUUGCCGUAUGCUGCUGCGUUGCAUCCAUGUCUGUGGAUACAUCUUCAGAAAGCACCGCUUUCGACGGUCUGGAGUACAACAGUGACAAUACUAGAACGAAGAGAUCCGGAGAAAUUAUCCAGGCGUUGCUUUCCAAAAAAUUGAAUUUGCUCGGCACUUUGAGUGGCUCAUCGGCCGGUAAAUCCCUCGGAGUUCCGGACGCAAGUUACGGUGCUCAGCAGUUACCUCUGUCUUUCCACACGAAAUCGUUUAGCUUGUGGGGCGUCAAGAAGGCGAUCAUGGCAUCGGUAUUCCAAGCUGCCAAGGCGAUAACGGGCGGUGUGCUAGCCCUGAAGGGUCAACUGAUCAAGGCCAAGGGGCACGUGGUCCAAGCCAAAGGAAAAUUGUUACAGACCAAAGGGGAGGCUAUCACGAACUUGGGAAAAAACGUAGCGACUCACGCGUUUGACUCGGGCGUACAUCAACAAUACGACGAUCAACUAGCGUACAUACAGCCUCAAUUGCCCGUCCCUACUAACUAUGGAGGUUACCAGGGGGUGCAGCAGGCGUACUCGCAAACGGCUUACGCGGCUCCUAGACCGAUCAGUUACCCAGCGACAUACGGAGGUCAGGGUGAAUAUAGCAACGAUGCGGGAUACGCCAAUCAAGGAUACACUGCUAAACGAGCAGUUUCUAAUCCCCUGAUCGGAUCCUCUAAUCAAGUUCAAAAUGCGUUUGAUAAAAAUGGCGUGCAAGCAGGGUUGUUACUACUGAAACCAAUAAGGCUGCCACAUAAUGGUCAAAAUAACGGAAUCCAAACACAAGCUUUUAACCAGCGAGCUCAAGCAAACAAUUUUGCACCGCAACCGUUCGGCUUCCAAGCUGCAAAACAAAACCAAGCUCUGAGUUUAGCUUACGGAGGACAAGAUGCCAGAUUUCCGAUUCAAGACAACAGCUAUUUGACUCGAAAUGUACAAAACCCAAUUGUUGGCCAACUGCCCGCAGUGAACAACGAGUUUCAGAAUUUAGCUUAUUCGCUAGGCAACCAAAUAAACGGCCAAGCAUUUGGACAACAAUUAGGAGGGUUCCCUGUUCCGGCGUUAUCACAAGAACAUUUUGGCGACCAAUUUCACUCGGCGUCUGAUUCUCGAGAGCACGUUGUAGAGCAAUCGCAUCAAAAUUUCUUCAGUGAUGAAAUGCCGUUCAAGAAAGAAACGUCGAAUAAGAAACCGGAAAAAUUGACUUCGAGUUUUUUCACUCCUACGGUCUCGACGACUGACGAAGACGAAUUUCUAGAAGAAAACGAGUCAAACGUUAGGUCUGUUGUGCACGAAAGAGAAAUUUCAACUGCUGCUCGAGAGACAGAUAUUGUGCCAUUAAAAUACCCGAACGAUUCCAGCCCAGAAGACCAAGCUAGGUUAAAACAAACUGUUCAGAGAUUUUUCAAUAUGCUGCAAAGUAGACAAUAUGCAUCAUGAUUUUGUAACUUGUAUCGAUGGCCAACUCAAAUUGCACAAUUCAGAAAAUCAAACACGUUUCCUAUGUACACACUAUCAAAUAAUUCGUGGACCCAGUGAAGUAAAACAUAGUUAAGAAAAUGAAUAAAACACGAUUGACUCACGAUUACUUUAAUGAUUGUGUGUUUAAUUAGCUAGUCAAUUUUAUAAUGUAUUAUUUUUACUCAAAUAUGUACGAGACAUUUUAUAUUUUAUAUUUAUGCGUUUAUACUUAAAAGAAAACACAUUUGCUCAAGAUCAAACACUAUAGAAAACUGUCGACAUAAUAAUACAAUAUUUAAAGCUAUAAUAGCAUAAUAUUAUGUAAUAAUAUACAAUGUAUAAAGAACUAUCAAUGCAAUUGCCUCAUAAUUAAUAUCGUACGUUUUUUUCAUUUUGUUAUCAAAUUUAAAUUAACAAAAAUAAUAUUUAAGAGAAUGGUAUAAAACCAAAUUAUUGUUAAUUUUACGUUAAGGAAAUGUAAAUUAUACUAUUAUAAUAGAGUAAACCUCAGAUGAUAUGCUAUUAUAAUUGCUAGUUGGUAAUGUUAUUUUUAGUUCAUAAUACAUAUUUUGGGUUGAGAAUUUAUACUUUACGAUUAGACUGUAAAACAAAUGAUCAAUUGUCACAAAAAUAUUAAUAUGAAAUAACUUUAUUGUUUGGGUAAGUAUCUUAACUUCUAUUUUCAACAUAUUAUUUCAAACAUGUUUACUUUGAUUUUUCUAUUUUUUAAUAAUGAUAUGUUCUUUUAAGACUUGUUUAUACUAUAUUAUUUUCUUUGGGUAUUUGCAAAAAAAAUAAAAUUACUUAUUCAUGGUAUUAUUUUUUGUAAACUCUAUUAAAUAUUCAAUCGGCCAUACAGAGUUUUUUUAUA